ACUGGGGCCCUUCGAUUCUAGGUUUAGGUCUCCCGACAGCCAUAAACACAGUGAGCUGCUCAAGCUGGUAAGACAGACGGAGCGAUGGCCGAAGAGUAUCAGAUCGACCUAGGCAAUCUCAUGGCCUUCGACCCUCACCACCACUUUCCAUCUCUUCCCUCUUCCAGGGAGGAGCUUGUGAAGCAAUGCCUAGAAAAGAGCACCAAGUUGGUUCAAGCAGUUGCAGAUGCUCUCUUCAACUUACCUUCAACUGAUGACCCAGAUGGCCCCAUUGUCACGUUGCCUCAACCUACUACAAGAUUGCCAAGAGAGAAGCCUCUGCCGAAGAAAAAGCCUCCUACAAAAUGGGAGGAGUUUGCUAAAAAGAAAGGUAUAGUACAGCGCAAAAAAGACAAGGUUGUAUUUGAUGAACAAACUGGUACUUGGAAGCGUCGCCAUGGCUACGAUCGUGUGAAUGAUGACAAUGAUAUACCCAUCAUUGAGGCAAAGGCGACUGAUGAGCCAGGAGUAGAUCCUUUUGCUAAGAGACGAGAGGAAAAGAAGCAGCGAGUAGAAAAGCAAGAGAAGCAUCGGUUGCAGAAUUUGAAACAAGCUGCAAAAGUUGGUGCCCUGCCGAGCCAUAUCCAACUCGCUGCUACAGCUCUUCCCAUAACAGGAACUCAAGCUGCACCUAGGAAAGCAAGUAAAAACGAACUUGAGAGUGUGGCUGGAAUGGCAGCGACCUCAACAGCCAGUGGUGGAAAAUUUGACAAGAAGCUUGCUGGAGAAAAACCUCCAAAGCAUGAAGCGAAAUAUCGCAAGUUCCUACCCGUGGUCGAAGGCUCCGGAAUGGGUUCACUAGAGAGGCAGCAAACUGAGAAGGUUCUGAGCAAGUUAAUCUCCAAAAAUUCCCAUGAGAUACUGAAUGUGGAAAGGGCUGUCAAUAUGUAUAAUGUGAAGAAGGAUAAGAAGCGGAGUAACCAACAACAGCGAAAGUCUUCAUCAACCUCAGGCAAAAGCUCAAGCAAGUUGAAACCAAAUAACAACAAACCUUUCAAGAAAACGUCUUUCAAAAAGGGUCCUUCGAACAAAGGCAAAUCAAAGUGAAAUCCAUCUCUAUGAGCUUAUUCAAUCCGAGUUUUUUCGCUACUACAGUUUUGUUGUUAAUUCGGAACGAGGUACUAAAAUUUUCCUGUAUUCAAGUCAGUGUUAGUUCUUUCGGGGCCAAAAACCUUGCUUUCCUUAA